AUGGUGAAUCACGAAAGGUCGGCUUCUCAAUUCGUUCUUGUAGCUCACGGGUGCAUCAUCUUAUCGAUCGGAUUCUUGCUCUCCCAAUACCAAGUUGUUGUCGACGUGAAGCUUGCGCAAACUCCGGCGCCGGCGGUCAUCAAGACGCGUUUUGCUCUGGAUGAGAUCUCUCUUUACUUGGGCAUUGCGUGUUUCUUACUGCUGUCAAAUCACAUCAUCGACGGAGCAAGGUUCUUCUGGAUUGUAGGUGUCACUGCCACCUUUGCCCUCUGCCGAAUGUUUUACGUUGCAAUAAUGCUCUACAACUACAACGGUCACGAUGAUGGUGAUGAGAGUCCUCACGGAUCACAUGGCAACACGGUGGAACCGAAACCAAAACAUCCCGCCGAUGGUGAAGGCGUUAAUUUGGAAUCGGGGACGUCUGGACCUUGA